GCCACAGCCGUUUGCCGUGUUCGAGAUAGCAAUUACAUACACACACACACACACACACACAUCACGAUAUUAUUGUAAUAUAUAAUGUGUAAUAAUAUGAUAUAUUAUAAUUUAUAAUAAUAAUAAUAAAAAAAUUAAAAUAUUAUAUUGUUAUUUUAUGCCCAAGCAUCGCUGCUCAAGAAAAUACAUAAUAUCAAAACACUACGACGGCCGCCGACACCAAAGAGAGAUAAUACGUGCAGUACGCGGUGUAACGACACACGGCGGUAACGAGUGUAACAGAGGAUUCUUUUUUUUUUUUUUUCGUUAUUAUUAUUAUUAUUUAUUCGAUUCGACGACGACCGACGCGCGCGGUAUGACAUUUUUAAUAUUCGUUUUGUGUGUUUUUUCGCCGUCCGGUACGCGACAAUCUUAAUUAUUAUUAUUCGUCAUUUGACAAUAUUAUAUUUACUCGUUUUGCCGCUGAACAAACGGUGUGGUGUUUUUUUUUUUUGUUUUUUCAUGUGUCACUGAUAAGUCCCGAAGUGUCCGUUUUCAGCAGUGCGCAAGGUAACGUUUUUGUUUGUUAGUUGUACACCACCAAACGGACAACAACCCGCAGCCACCGUCGUCCGGUCACCGUCACAUGUCUUCACCACCGUCGGCACUUACCGUCGACGGCACCGGCAACAACAACGGUCGUCUGCAGCCGUCAACACCGGGACCGCAGCUGGCCGAUACGACGGUUGUCUGCUCGUCGUAGUGAGCCGCCGCCGCCGACGACGCCGUGUUGUCGACAUGAACACGAGUGGUGUCCGCGACGAAAUCAUCGAUACCGUUGUUGUGCUCGCGACGACACUGUCGGCAGACCAUUACGACCAAACACGACGAUACGACUGUGGUGGCCGCCGUUCCGAUGGCAGCUGCUGCCGCAGCAGGGGCAACAGCCGCCGCCACUUCGCCGUCCGGCAUCGACAAUGAUGCCGCCGAGGCGCACCGACAACACGAACAGGAUCAGAGGCUGCAGCACAACAGCAGCGGAGGUAGCAGUAGCGGCAGCAGCAGCAGCAGCGGCGCCAGCACCGGGGGACCGCCGAGUCCCAAAUCGAUAACCGGCGGCGGCGGCUGUGCAACGAACGGCGAGGUCGUCGAAGCAAAAGCUUCGGCCGUCACAGACGCUGCACCGCCGAAAACGACCGACACUGCGACGGGAGAAACGCCUACGAUCGGUGGCCGCCUCACUUUCUACAAAGAUGGUAAAUUUAUCUUUGAAUUGGCCCAUCAACGGAUGUGCGGCGUCGACGACACGUGUCGUUGGAUGCCGGUCAAACAAUCAAAAAAUCACCAACAGCCGCAGCAGCGUUACAACAGUAGCGGUGCCGGCAAUAGGAAAUCUUGGCCCGGCAUAUUCGCCAACAACAGAGAAGGUUCCGCUUCCGACGAUAACGCUUCCAAUAUGGCUGCCGGCUCGCUGUUCAAAAAGUGCAUGUUCAGACCGAAAAGGCAACGGAAAACGAAAACUCCCAGCCGGCAGAUCAACUGUCACAUGCAGUUCGCGAUGAAAGCCAACAAGAGCGUGGCGGCCGAGUUGAACGCAAAGAGACGCCGUCACCCGGGCAAGAGGCGACUGAUGAUGAUGAUGAUGACGGUCGACCGCGCGGCGAUUGGCGACGGCCACGACGACGGCGGCGGCGGCAAUAAAAAAGACAGCGGCGGCGACGACGACGCACACGACGAUAGACUUGAAGGGGAAGAAAAGACUGCUGCGGCGGCGGCCGCCGCCGCCUCGAAAAAACCGGCCGGCAAAAUCGAUGGUCGGCGGCACCGCCAUAGGAAAAAAGCUCAACCUCUGUACGCCGUGGUGCACGGCCUGUGGGAAACGGUGUUGUCGAAAGAGGCCGCCAACAGACAACAACACCGGGACGCCGAAGAGACGCCCGCGGACGGCCGUUCUCCCACGGCGGUCGGCAUGCCGUCGCCCCGCAAACACCGUUUGCUCAGCAACGACACCGACGACUGGACGCCGACCAAGCAGCAGCAGGCGGCGUCGUCUCCGGCCGCCGUCGACUUCAGCCCCAACAGCAACAAGAAGUACUGCCGCCGAAACCUUUCAUCGCCGGCCGCCACCGUUGCCGCCGCUCCGCCUCAGCCGCCGCCGUCUUCGUCUUCGGUCAACGGUAUCGGCAAAGACGACCACCACCACCACCGUCGGCAGCAGCAGCAGCACAAGACGACGGCCACCAAAACCACCAACAAUCAUAGUAUUAACGCCAUACUGGCGCCUACGCCUCCCGUCGCCGCUGUACCACACGUUAGCAACAACAACAAAGACUUACUAGUAUUAGCAGCCGACGAGUCGGUCAACAGCGGUAGCGGCAGCAGCUGUACGGCGACCCCGCAGAGCUUGUCGCUGCUACGAAAGCUGUUGAAAUCGCCGGGACCCAACACCAACGGCGGCGGCGGCGGCGGAGGAUCUAACCGCGCCGCCGUCUCCAGCCCGACGGCCGACAGGCUUUCGCCGCACCACCGGCAGAGGCACAAAGUGUUCUCGCCGCCCAUCAUCCAAUCGCCCAAACGUCAAGCCCCGUCGUCGUCGUCGUACCACCACGAACACCAGCUGCUGCUGAGGCGCUCCUCCAAGGAUUCCGCCCCGCCUGCCGGCUCCGACAUGAAGGCCGUGCCCAUGGACCCGUUGCAGGGCGCCGCGGUGGCCGCGGCCAUUUUGAUGGACCAACGCCUGCAACAUCCCGGCUUCAACCCCGUCGUCACUUCGGGCGGUGGCGGUAGCCUCCACCAUCCGGCCAUGUUCCAUCCGCCGCCGCCGCAGUACCACCAUUCGACGCAGCAGCCGACGCCGGCCCACUUGCCCGUGCCGAGCCGCAGUACCAAUUGGCCGCCGCCGUCGCCGUACGGCGGCACACUUCCCGGCCACUAUCCCGGCAUGAUGCUGCUGCCGUCGCCCCAUCACCAUCACCACCCGCACCCCCACCAUCAUCAUUCCCCGUCGUCGCCUUCUUCUUCCGCAAUCCAACAGUCCGCGUCGCCGCACUCGCCGCUGAUCGUGGCGCCCUAUUCGCCGUGUUCGCCGGCGGCCAUGUCUUCCCCGUUGUUCAGCAACCCUCCCUCCUCGUCGUAUCACCACCACCACCAGCAGCAGCAGCAGCACAGGCAUCAUACGGUCGUCGGCUCGCCCGGUAGUCUUCUGUUGAAUCACCAACAGCAGCAGCAGCAGCAACACCAUCGGCGGCACACGGACAGUCCCGGCGGCGUGUUGGCGGCCACCGUAGACGCUACCGGCGCAUCGGACGACAUAGAUGUUCCGCUGAAUUUGUCCAAGAACAGCUGUUCGACGUCUUCGUCCGCUGCCGGAUAUUGAUUACGACGACGAAAGAAUAUUAUCAACGAACAACAACAAUAGCGAGUAGAGACUUGUGUGUGUGUGUGUGUAGUGUUGAGUCGACAUGAAAUUUAUAUUUAAUAAUAUUAUCGACUGGAAUUUUUUUUUUUAAAAAAUUUUUUUUAUUAAAUUUAUUAUUAUAAUUUUUUUUUUUUUACCCGUAAGAGAAUAAUCAUUGUGUAUUGUUUUUUUUUUUUUUUAUUUGUUUUAAACCACGACCGUGCCUUUCGUCGAUACAUAUACGUAGACGUAUGUAGUAAGAAUAUAUUUAUAUUUUUAAAUAUAUAUAUAUAAUAUAUAUAAAUAUAUAUAUUUUUUUUUUAUGUCGAGCGUGAAUAUUAUUGUGUUAUACUAUUGUUGUCGGCGGCGUGUAUUUUGUAUGUGUAAAAAAAAAAAUUAAAAAUUAUAUAAUAUUGUGUAAUGGCGCGAUGAUAAUAAUCAUAAACAUUAGUAAUAUUAGUUGUAAUACAUAUAUAUAUAUAUAUGAUAUAAUAUUUAAAAAAAAAACUGAUUAACUAAACGUGUGUAUAGUCGACAAAUAUAAUAAUAUCGUGUACAUUAUCGUACAUAUUUAUAUUUUCCAUCGGAACGAUUGUGUUGUGUAUGUAUGUGUGCGUGUCUUGCAUAUUAUACAAAAAAAACGAUCCGUGUAUAAUUAGUACUAGUGUAUAUUAAUAUAAAAUAUAUUAUAGUGAAGAACAAAAAAUAAAA